AUGAGGGGGCUUACACCGAAGGAGGGGGGAAUCACACUUCCGGGAAGUUGUUUGACAAGCUGGCGGAGGAGUGGAGGUUGGGACACGUGCCUCCUGCUUCGUGCCAGCAUGAUCCAGAACAACAGCAAGCGUUCAAGGACGUUUGCGGAAGAUGAUGCAUUUGAGAUGCAAGGGAUGCGAACCGAGCAGAGAGAGAGAGAGCGAGAGAUUGAGGAUGGAAAAGCGACCAGCUGGCGACGCCAAUAUAUUGUAAGCCAAGAUUACAGCUGGAGGACGUCGACGGAAAUAUGGCACUCGCCAAAUGUUUCCCAACCAGCUGCCAACACUGCUGUCAGUUUCGACGAUUGUAUGGCAGGCUGCCCCUCGUCGCUAGACAAAUUGCAAGAAAAAUUACAAGAAAAGUUGCAACAAAAAUUGCAAGAAAAAUUACAAGAAAAAUUCUCCCAGCAGCAGCAGCAGCAGCAGCAGCGGAAAAAAAUCAACGACUGGAGGAAAUCAAGAGCGAGCUCCAAGAAGAAGAAACACGUCAGCGUGUGCGUGAAAUUGCUGCCAAAACGACGUCGAAGGAGAAAAACAAGGCCUACUUGGAUGGACGCUCGAGAAGAUGGCCACAAAAAUCAACUUCUGCUGCAAUUUAACAAAAUGGCGCUUUUCAGCGCCAACGAAAAAUUCACGAAAGAGUUAUUGUUUCAAAUGAUUCAUGCACUGCAGCAGCAGCAGCAGCGGAAAAAAAAUCAACGACUGGAGGAAAUCAAGAGCGAGCUCCGAGAAGAAGAAACACGUCAGCGUGUGCGUGAAAUUGCUGCCAAAACGACGUCGAAGGAGAAAAACAAGGCCUACUUGGAUGGACGCUCGAGAAGAUGGCCACAAAAAUCAACUUCUGCUGCAAUUUAACAAAAUGGCGCUUUUCAGCGCCAACGAAAAAUUCACGAAAGAGUUAUUGUUUCAAAUGAUUCAUGCACUGCUUUUGGUGCAGUAUUAAAGCUUUUGACGCUUGGCGUUUAAAUUAAUUGCAAUAUUUCCUCCAAAAUUUUCAUUUUAAAAAAUUUUACGAAUAUUAGCAAUUUUCGCUUGCAAGUGUCCACGGUCAAUCGAUCGCAGUUGGCCUUGAACAAGCAAGCGCGUGCUUUGGCCUACGCAAAAAAUCUUUCCGCUCUCUGAUUGGCUGUUUUGUUUUGCCGUGGAGUCGUGAGGGCAGCAUUUUUGCCAACGAUUUUCAUUACAUCGUCAUCGUUCGAACCGACAACAUCGUAGCAGCAGCAGCAGCAGCGGAAAAAAAUCAACGACUGGAGGAAAUUAAGAGCGAGCUCCGAGAAGAAGAGCAAAAACAAAAUGGUGCUUUUCAGCGCCAACGAAAAAUUCACGAAAGAGUUAUUGUUUCAAAUGAUUCAUGCACUGCUUUUCGUGCAGUUUUAAAGCUUUUGACGCUUGGCGUUUAAAUUAAUUUUAAUAUUUCCUCCAAAAUUUUCAUUUAAAAAAAAUUAACGAAUAUUAGCAAUUUUCACUUGCCAAAACGACGUCGAAGGAGAAAAACAAGGCCUACUUGGAUGGACGCUCGAGAAGAUGGCCACAAAAAUCAACUUCUGCUGCAAUUUAACAAAAUGGCGCUUUUCAACGCCAACGAAAAAUUCACGAAAGAGUUAUUGUUUCAAAUGAUUCAUGCACUGCUUUUGGUGCAGUUUUAAAGCUUUUGACGCUUGACGUUUAAAUUAAUUUAAAUAUUUCCUCCAAAAUUUUCAUUUUAAAAUAAUUUAACGAAUAUUAGCAAUUUUCGCUUGCAAGUGUCCACGGUCAAUCGAUCGCAGUUGGCCUUGAACAAGCAAGCGCGUGCUUUGACCCACGCAAAAAAUCUUUCCGCUCUCUGAUUGGCUGUUUUGUUUUGCCGUGGAGUCGUGAAGGCAGCAUUUUUGCCAACGAUUUUCAUUCCAUCGUCAUCGUUCGAACUGACAACAUCGUAGCAGCAGCAGCAGCAGCAGCAGCAGCAGCAGCGGAAAAAAAUCAACGACUGGAGGAAAUCAAGAGCGAGCUCCGAGAAGAAGAAACACGUCAGCGUGUGCGUGAAAUUGCUGCCAAAACGACGUCGAAGGAGAAAAACAAGGCCGACUUGGAUGGACGCUCGAGAAGAUGGCCACAAAAAUCAACUUCUGCUGCAAUUUAACAAAAUGGCGCUUUUCAACGCCAACGAAAAAUUCACGAAAGAGUUAUUGUUUCAAAUGAUUCAUGCACUGCUUUUGGUGCAGUUUUAAAGCUUUUGAUGCUUGGCGUUUAAAUUAAUUUAAAUAUUUCCUCCAAAAUUUUCAUUUUAAAAAAAUUUAACGAAUAUUAACAAUUUUCGCUUGCAAGUGUCAACGGUCAAUCGAUCGCAGUUGGCCUUGAACAAGCAAGCGCGUGCUUUGACCCGCGCAAAAAAUCUUUCCGCUCUCUGAUUGGCUGUUUUGUUUUGCCGUGGAGUCGUGAAGGCAGCAUUUUUGUCAACGA